CCAGUCUGGAUUGUUGCCCCCCACAGCCUGCAUGCUGGAUAUAUUUGGAACCCCGUUUAAGGCUAUUCCAGGAAUCUAGGGUGGCUAAAGUACAGACAUGGGUGUCUCGUUGCACAAGACGGGAUCACACCCUGUUUGGAAAGUCGCAAGCAUUAAAUGCAACUUUUGCAGAUAAAUGACAUUUAAUACUACAUUAGGUGAAGUAGUGUGGCGUGCAUGUGGUCAUGUAUUCACAUUAAAGUCGUGAAACGAUCAAGGGCUGCAGACGUCAGGAGACUUACAAUGUCCCCCAGCUUUAGGGUUUAUCAUGACAAACCAUUCUGCAAACAGACCUUUAAACCUGAGCGGACACACUCCUCCUUCUCCUCAUUUGCUGCUUACAAAAAGUGUGUUUGACACUGUUUUGCAUUUUAAAAAGCUUCGAUCAGACGGCCAAGACAGACGGGAGCGGAGACACCCACCCAUCGCGUCGCCUCUCAGACCUAAACUGCAAAACCCACGACUGGAAGGCUGGCCGCUUUAGCCGGAUAGCAAGUUAACAUGCUAACAAUAGCAAACGCCUUUUCGGCCUAGUGCGUCGCCCGGCCCUUUCCAGUUCCACAUGCUAGCUUUAGCCUCACUGUUGCUAACCCUUUGCAGGCACCUUGUCGAUAAUCUGUCAACACCUGUUGGUUCCAGAAGCGUUAACGUUACUGAGAGACGCCAUAUCAUCUAACAUUCUAGUUAAAUCCCCUUAAAAACGAGCAGGAUUGUUUGAGACGUCACGUGUUCACUCCACGUGUUGCCCGAAAGAAAGGCAUGGCAUGCUAGCAUGCAAAGGUAGCCGGCGAGCUCAACUGGACAAAAACACGCCCGGGUCAUUACUGUGUUGUGCCACCGGUUGUUUCUGUUGUUUGCCUAGCCGGUUGUCAUGUCGCCUUUGUUUUGUGCUCGGUCGUCGCUGCUAAGGGUAACGUUAGCAGUGGAAGCUAGGUAGCCGGUGUGUCAAGUCAUCGUGGUUUCUGCAUUAGCGAAAUUAGAUGAUGGGGAAAUACAACAGACAGUGUGCUGUCAUUAUAAACAACGCAAGAAUCUUUGCUCAUUACAGUUUAUUUAGUUUUUUUUAAAUAAACUAUGGGUAUGUAGACUGGUGGUCACAGUGUAAAGACUACGUGUCUCUCAGCCAUUUGCUCCCUAUUUUACUGCAAGUAUUUAAAUUACAUAGCUGCUUUAUGGCAGCAGCUUGUACACUUUUAAAUAUAAAUCGCACUGAAUUGAUCUAACGUUAACAUUUUUGUCCCAGUUCACCCCCAGUCAAGAGACUUACUGAUUCAAUGACCUACUGUAUAAAAUUAUAUUGAAAUGAUUGCAUUAUUUUAUAUCUUUAGCGAAGUUUAAAAUAGCUUUUAUAUCUUUAAAAUAUACAGUCAAUAAAUAAUGUAAGUGAAUGUGUGUCAUAAUGUAGAAAGUAAAGUGAAAGUAAAUCCAAAAGGAAAUCAACACUGAAUUGAAUUCAAGUGUAAUAUUUAUUUAAUAUAAACUACUUCUGAGGCAGUAGCAAAAUGUUUAUAUGCUGGAUACAUUUGUAUUGAUGAGGUGCUUUUCUUCAGUAGGACAAUUCAGUAAAACAAACAGGACAUUAAACCUGCAGAAAAUGAAACAAAUAUUUUCAACUAAGUCACUCAAAUGCAGAUGAAUUGUCAGCUCAAGAGGAGAUGAACUGUUCCAGAGGAACGGGCUGAAAUAAGGAAAUAAAACCAAAUGGCUUAUUUGCCGAAAUAUUUUUUUUUUUAUUUCAGUCUCCAUGUCACACUGGAUUCAAUGGAAGAAUUGUGCUUCAAAAGAUUUGUUCUUAUUGCCGAGACGUUGCACCCCGAUGACAGAAGUCAGACUCGCUUUCUUAUAAACACACGCCUCGGACAGGCGAAACAGCAACUGUAUCAGUCACGUGGCUUUCUGAAAGGGAUAUGCGCACCGACAUGGGAUUUUGCUCUUUGAGCUCGACACUUGGACCGAUGCAUCGAUGUUCUCGGACUCAUCACGAAUAUGCAGACUUGAACCAUAGCCACGAGUCUACUGGUCCCGCCAAGGUGGUGAGAGCAGGCAACCCACCUAAACCCAGGCGUGGAGGAAAGGUUGGAGACUUUGGCGACACCAAUAGCUGGCCCACCCCAGGGGAGAUUGCAACUAAAGACAUGCAGAUCGAGGCAGUGACACGGACCGUGUCCUGCCCGCCGACUAUCAGGCAGGUCAAAGACUCGUGGAGAUCCACUGCCCACAAGAGGACCUCCACCAGGAAGGAGACGAAGGAGAAAAGGGAGAGCAACGAGGAGAGCAAGGAGAACCUGAAGGCCAAGUCGGACGACUCAGGAGAGGAGAAGAACGGCGACGACGACUCCCAGAAGAAUGGGCAGAAGAAGAAAGGAAACAAACAAAAGUGGGUUCCCCUGAUGAUUGAAGUCAAGUCAGAGGGCCCCAGGGAGCGCUCUGCCUCCCGGAACAACAGCAGGCCCAAUGAAAAUCCUCGCCUGCCUCCCAAUGCCAGGAACGACCUCCGGGACUGGCACAGUCAAAAGUACGAGCGGGAGUGGCGCGACGACCAUGACGAGGUGUCGAGUGUGAAGAGCGAGGGAGCGCCAUUUCGUGGAGGCUUCAGGGGUCGCGGACGCGGAAGAGGCCGUGGCCGUGGCCGAGGCCGUGGCCGAGGCCACUACGACUACCAUCAAGCUUACAAGGCUUAUGACAUUAAAGACGGACCUUACGGGCAGAAGUUUGGCAACUCUGUGACUUACUACUACGACAACAUGAGCAGCAGUGACCUGUACUCUGUGGACCAGGACCUACUCAAGGACUACAUCAAGAGGCAGAUCGAGUACUACUUCAGCCUAGACAACCUGGAGCGGGACUUCUUCCUGCGGAGGAAGAUGGAUGAUGAAGGCUUCCUGCCUAUCGGACUCAUCGCCAGCUUUCACAGAGUGCAGGCCCUCACCACCGACGUCAACCUCAUUCUGGAAGCUCUGAAGGACAGCAAGGUCGUGGAACUAAUGGACAUGAAGAUUCGCCGCAAGGUUGAGCCGGAGAAGUGGCCCCUCCCGGGCCUGACGGUACCCAACCACACUGACUUUUCCCAACUCAUAAACUGCCCAGAAUUUGUCCCGAGGCAGAUCAUCGAGGAGCCCAGAGGUUCUCCCAGGACUUUGACGCCCGUGAAGCCCCCACCCAAACACGAAUCGGACACGCCUUCCAACCUUAAGACGAUGCCCAAGGGCCUCUCUGCUAGCCUCCCUGACCUGGACUCAGAGUCCUGGAUUGAGGUCAAGAAGAGGCCCAGACCCUCGCCGGCCAGACCCAAGACGCCCUCCGUGCAGCAGCAGAGAGAAAAGGAUGACUCGAACCGCUCGCCGCUGCCCCAUUCUGGCUCCUCCCCUUCUCCCGCCACCCAUGGAAAUAAGUUGUCGAAUCAGGAUGGCGGCGAGCAGGAUGAGCCCGAGGAGCUUGACUUCAUGUUCGACGAGGAGAUGGAGCAGAUGGACGGACGACGCAACACCUUCACCGACUGGUCCGACGAGGACACAGAUGGCGAGAUCGACGACCACGACGUUAACAAGAUCCUGAUCGUGACGCAGACGCCUCCCUACUUGAGGAAGCACCCGGGCGGUGACCGCACGGGACACCACACGUCACGCGCCAAGCUCACCAGCGAGCUGGCCAAGGUGAUCAACGACGGCCUCUUCUACUACGAGCAGGACCUGUGGGACGACACAUACGAGCCAGAGUACGCCACCAUCAAGCAAGAGGUGGAGAACUUCAAGAAGGUUCACCUGAUCACUCGCGAAGAGUUUGACUGCCUGACCCCUGAACCCCCUGUCGACCCCAACCAGGAAGUGCCCCCCGGCCCCCCACAACCCCAGCAGAUUCCUACAGACGCUUUGGCAAAUAAACUCUUUGGCGCCCCGGAGCCUUCGUCUAUAGCGAGAUCGCUCCCGACAACUGUACCUGACUCACCCAACUACCGCAAUGCCCGCACGCCCCGCACCCCACGCACACCUCAUCGGAAGGACCCUACCAUGACACCGCGCUUUUACCCAGUGGUCAAGGAGAGCCGGCCUGUUGACGCCAAGACGCCGAGGAAGAGGAAGACCAGACACAGCUCCAACCCGCCCAUGGAGUGUCACGUCGGCUGGGUGAUGGAUUCCAGAGAGCAUCGCUCCCGCACGGCCUCAGUCAGUUCCAACGCCAGCCCCUCAGAGGGCACACCUGCUUUGGGUAACGUCGGCUGCACCCCGCAGUCCCUCCCCAAGUUCCAACAUCCAUCCCAUGAGCUACUCAAGGAGAACGGCUUCACGCAACACGUUUACCACAAGUACCGCCGGCGCUGCCUAAACGAGCGAAAGCGGCUUGGAAUCGGCCAGUCCCAGGAGAUGAACACGCUCUUCCGCUUCUGGUCGUUCUUCCUGCGCGAUCACUUCAACAGGAAGAUGUACGAGGAAUUCCGUCAGCUUGUGGUAGAGGACGGGAAAGAAGGAUACAGGUAUGGGUUGGAGUGCCUGUUCAGGUACUACAGUUACGGUUUGGAGAAGAAAUUCAGGCCCGAGAUCUUCAAGGACUUCCAGGAGGAGACCAUGAAGGACUACGAGGCUGGUCAGCUGUAUGGACUGGAGAAGUUCUGGGCUUUCCUCAAAUAUUCUAAAACUAAGACCUUGGAGAUCGACCCCAGGCUGCAGGAGUAUCUGAGCAAGUUUAAACGCCUGGAGGACUUCAGGAUUGACCCACCAAUGGAGGAAGGGGGCCGCAGGAGACACCCGUCCAGCGGAGACAGUCGCCGUCGCCACCCCUCCCAUCCCUCCAGCCGCCCCCAGAGCCAGAGCAGCUCCAGCCCCACAGCCACCGGCCCUGCCGCCACCGCCACCAAGGAUGACGCCAAACCCGACCUCGCGCCAGGUGGCAAGACACUGAAGUAGAAGACACCGGCCCAUAUGGAUCAACUCACGUUACUAGUUCUCAAGGGAGGGUGCCACCUCGCUUCUUUGACGCAUCACAACGCCCACCCCCACCACUUUUUUUUUUUUUUUUUUUUUAAAGCUUGAGGAAUGAGGAAAUAAACAAGAUGGCGUGCUUGAUGGAUGGGUUUUAGGUUUUGGAGCUGAUUGUCUUAAUGAGGCAAGAAGAAUGACAGGUGUCAAACACAUUUUCAAACACCAGGUGGAAGCUGUUACGGUUCUUAUUAUUUUUAUUUUUUUUUCCCUUCCCACCACAGUCAUAACCAAGAUUAGUCUCUGCAAGAAUCCCCUUACCCCGAUCUCAAGAGCUUUGCUUUUUUUGUGGCGUGGCGGCAUCGGAGACCUGGAAAUAGUUUUGCUGGCAUCCUACCGGACCAAAGCGGUUUGAACCAAGUGACUGCAGACCCCCAACAUUUGAUUUACUGGACUUUCGAGGAGAGAAAAAAAUAAACUCUGUUAAAAAGAGGAGAAGAAAAGACUUAUUUCAAACCCUCAGUGUGGAUACGAUCGAUGAGAUUUGCCUUAUUUUAAUGGUUUUACCGCUUGGAGGUUGGGGGGAGGGGGGUGUUUGCCAGUCGCCUUGAGAGCAUUUCCAGCAGAGGCCACAAGGUGGUGCUGUGUCUGCCAAACAGCUUGAACUGUCUUCCAAGUGUCAUUUUGGGUCUGUUACAAGUCCUGUGAUUCCCUUGCUUUUUUCCUUGUCGCUUUGUCACAUGCAUCCACGUCCUUCCGGAGACUUGUAUGGUGACUGGAUCAUUUUUGGGUGCUUCCUUCACGUCCUGCUCAGCCUUUCUGCAUCCAUCCAUCUGUCUGGACUGGAAUAAUCGAUUAUAAUCUGGAUUACUUGAAGAACCAGCACGUCAGGAUGGGGCGCUGUCGCGCACCUCAGAUUCCUGUCUGACACAAACGUGACACGGAUGUCCUCCAUGAUGAAGAGAAAUAACAGAUGACUUACUUGCCUUAUAUGUGUACGUGCUCGUUAACGUGUUUAGCGCUUCUCCGUUUUCAAUUUGCUGUGUCGUGUUUUUUUUUUUUUUUUUUUUUUUUUUUUAAUGUGACUGAGGCGGGAUUUUUUUUUUUCUCCCUAAUUGAUGUCAGUUCCAUCUGGAUCAUCCUAUGUGGAUUUAAAGCGCCCGGAACAAAAACACAAAGGGAACGUUGACAUCAAGGGAGUGGACAGUCGGACGCAACGAAAAAAGCUCAAAUUAAUUUUAUUUCAUGUUGAAAUUGGUUACAUUUUCCCCCUUUUCUUUUUUUUUAUUAAUGAGCAUUUGCUUGAUUGGCGUCCUUCAGCUGUAUUUUUUUUAAGCCGCCUGUAGAGAAACACUUGGAUUUGAUUUUUGGGAGUAAAACGAACCAAAAUUUUUUUUUUUUCUUUUUUAAGUUUAAGCACCAAUGUACUACUUCCUGUCACAUCUUUUAACACAGCCAGAAGGAGCAGACUACAUUUGCCUUCUUCUGUUUUGUCAGCCACCCCCCAUUUAUUCCAUGUUGCAGCAGCACAGAUGGAUGUCGCCAUGUUCUUGUUUCUCUUCAGGUUCUUGUUUCAGAGGCUUACAUAUGAUGCAUCAAAGUGUUCAGGUGUGGCUUAAAGACGGACAAAAAGGAUGAUAUAGAUGAGACUGUGUAUGGUUGGCUGCAAGUAGGGUAGGUUGUCUUCUGCCCACCCUCCUGUCAGGACAUUUCCAGGAGUUCAGCUAGUGUGGAAGUCGUCCACUCUCUGUCCCCUAUUGGGGUGUUGCUAGCUUUCAAACGAACUCGAGGGGGGGCGCUGCACCCUCAACCUGAGCUGGCCACAGGUGGGCAGCGUGUAGCCCAAAGACUCAAACCAGCUUGGGCCCAGCGUGUGAGGAAAUAUGGUUGCUUAAGUCAACAGACUGAAAGGAGGACCAGUUUUCCACCCUCCCCCUUAUUGGAGUGUUGCUCGCUCUCAAACUAUGGAGGAGUAUGCUGCACUCGCAAUAUGAGCUGGUCACAAGGGGACGACAUGGAGCCCGAAGAUGCAAGACGAAAGUGUGAGGAAAUAUGGUUGCUUAUGAUGUCUGCAGACUUAAAAAAAGGACCAGUUGCCCACCCCUCUGUUGCCCACUGGAUUGUUGCUAGCUGUCAAACAACUCUCGGGUGGCGGGGGGGCUAUUGUUGCACCCUCAGCGUGAGCUGGCAACAAGGGGGUGGCGUGGAGCUUGACAUGUAAAACAAGCAAGCUUGAGCGCAGCAUGUGAGGAAAUAUGGUUUAUGUCUGCAGACUGAAAAAAGGACAAAAAAAGUCAUAAAGCCAUAUGAAUAUACUUCGAAACAAAACACACAACCUGUCUAUGAACCGUUGAAAUUGCAUCACAAUAUCUUAGGCUUGUCAUGAGGAAAAAAAAUGUGAAAAUGACCAAAAAAGGAACAAAAAAAAUAUAUCUAUAAAACGGAAAAAUGUAAAAUACUUGAAUGAAAUCUUGUAUUAUAACAUUUAAUAUUCACUAUCCGCUUUGUAGGCUGAUGUGAUUUGCUUAUUAGUGUUAUUUGUAAUUUGUAGUAAUUAUGCUUUUUCCUUUAAUAAAAGAAAAAAAAAACUGACAAAAAAACC